AUGGCGUCUAUCAUGUCGCCACGGCUUGUCCGCCUCACACCUCUCUCCAACUUCACGCGACCGGCCGUGACCUCCACCGUGACCUCGACUCGGGUGUUUGUGUCGCGGCUGAGCACCAGCGCCGCUGAAGAUGAUAUCAUCUUGACCCAGCAAAUUCCGGCUCCGGGAUCCGGACAUGUGCGUUUGCUGCAAUUGAACCGGCCCAAUGCUCGCAAUGCGAUCUCGCGCCACCUCCUCGACACCCUCUCCAAGCAUGUGAAGACCAUCGCCGCGGAAGACGGCAACGGACCUACCAGAGCAGUCGUGCUGUCAAGUAAUGUUGAUGCCGCAUUCUGCGCCGGCGCAGACUUGAAGGAGCGCGCCAAAAUGACCCACCGCGAUUCCUCAUGGAUCUCCGCUCUACCUUCAAAGAACUCGCCGGCCUCAAAGUCCCCACCAUCUCCGCUAUUUCUUCCAUGGCUCUCAGGUGGCGGUCUCGAGCUCGCCCUAUGCACUCACCUUCGCGUCUUCGGCUCAUCAUGCACCGUUGGUCUGCCCGAAACCCGUCUGGCUAUUAUCCCGGGUGCGGGCGGUACCUACCGUCUCCCCGCGCUGAUUGGGCCCACUCGGGCGCGCGAUCUCAUUCUCACCGGGCGUCGGGUCCACGGCCCCGAGGCCUACUUCCUGGGGUUAUGUGAUCGCCUAGUUGAGGUUUUGCCCGAGGAGGGUGCACAGGAGGGUGUGGCACGGGAGAAGGUGCUGCGCGAAAGUAUCAAGUUGGCAUUGGAUAUCUGCGAGGGCGGGCCCAUCGCCUUGAAACAGGCACUCAUCGCUGUGCAGGGAUCUUUCAUGGGUGAAGUUGCUGAGAACCAGGCGUACGAGGGUGUGAUUGAGACUGAGGAUCGAUAUGAGGCGCUGCGCGCCUUUGCCGAAAAGCGGAAGCCUGCGUUCCGGGGACGGUAG